UUCGUCGUCGUCGUCGUCUUCUUCCUCUUCCACCCCCUCCGUCUCCCACACGCCCUCCUUUUGCAUUCGUACCCCUCCCCCCCUUGGCUUGCCCUGGCCCCCCUCCCUUACCAUGACUCCCCUGUCGCCAAAAGCUUGGCCUUCGCCGGGGGGUGCGACUGCUAG